AUGUGUAACAGUAUAAAAAAUAUAGAAAGCUUAGAAGUACAAGCGGUUGCAAACAGACAGCUGAAGGAACAGUUAAAGAGACAGUUUGAGAUCCAACAAGAGAUACUUCAGGAGAGACUUGCAAAGAAGGACAAAGAGAUGGAAAAGACCGCAGUAAAAGUAGCUCUAGUCGGUAGCGACGGGGCAUCACUGCCCGUGUAUUUCCUAUCGUGGCUUCAAUCGAAACUGCUGUUCCAAAAGUUCGCAGAAAUUCCCAAGGAUGAAUUGGAGAACAAGCCAAUGGACUUCACCAAAUUGGAUACGUUUGAUAUAAUCCAGAGAGCGAGAUACUUCAUGGAACACGGUGAUUUACAAUCGGCCCUACGGUAUGUGAACCUGUUGCAAGGCGCCCCGAGGGCGGCCGCUUCUCACUGGGCCACGGCCGCGUGA